UUCUCCUUACUUCCAAAGCUGCUAUCCUCUCUUCACCCUAUUCUCGCCUGUUCACUCUUAUGUUUGCAGCAAAAAUGGCCACAGCUGGUAAAGUCAUCAAGUGCAAGGCAGCAGUGGCCUGGGAGCCGAACAAGCCUUUGGUGAUUGAGGAGGUUGAAGUAGCCCCGCCCCAAGCCAAUGAGAUCCGCAUCAAGAUUGUGGCAACUGCAGUGUGCCACACAGAUCUGCACCAGCUUUUGGAGAAUACUCAUGAAGAUUGCUUCCCAACAGUUCUCGGCCAUGAGGCAGCUGGCAUCGUUGAGAGCGUUGGGCCUGGAGUCACUGAAUAUAAGCCAGGAGAUAAGGUCAUACCUCUGUUUCUAGCCCAGUGUAGAGAAUGUCGCUUCUGUAAGAGUCCAAGGACCAACCAGUGUGAUAAAGCAUGGUUGUUCCCAGAAUCCCGCUUUACCUGUAGGGGGAAGAAGGUGCUGCAGUUUUCUGGGACCAGUACUUUCUCUGAGUACACUGUGGUUAACCAGAUGGCUGUGGCUAAGAUCGACCCUGCUGCCCCUCUGGACAAAGUCUGUCUCAUUGGCUGUGGAAUCUGCACAGGAUAUGGAGCAGCAGUUAAUACAGCUAAGGUGGAAUCAGGCUCAACAUGUGCUGUGUUCGGCCUGGGAGCCGUGGGUUUGGCUGCAGUCAUGGGCUGCCAGGCUGCAGGAGCCAAGAGGAUCAUCGCUGUUGACAUCAAUCCAGAGAAGGCUGAGAAGGCCAAGGUGUUCGGGGCUACCGACUUCGUGAACCCCAAGGAUCACAGUAAACCCAUCAGCCAAGUUCUGUCUGAGAUGACUGACGGAGGAGUGGACUUCUCCCUGGAAUGUGUCGGGAGUGUGGCAGUCAUGCGCAGUGCCUUGGAGUCUUGUGUGAAAGGUUGGGGUGUCAGCGUGAUUGUUGGGUGGACGGACUUAGAGGACUUUUCUGCCCGCCCGCUUCAGCUCAUCGCUGGACGGACAUGGAAGGGCUCUGUGUUCGGAGGUUUUAAGGGUAGGGAUGACGUGCCUGGAAUGGUUAAAGCCUACAUGGACAAGAAGUUGAAGGUGGAUGAGUUCAUCACCCACAACAUGACUUUGGACCAGGUCAAUGACGCCAUUGAACUGAUGAAGCAUGGCAAAUGCAUCCGGACGGUCCUCAAUGUCUCUCCACAAUAAGACCACUCUGUUGCUCUUUAUAACCUCCAUAAGUAACUCACCAAUCUGAUUUUCAUAAUCUCAGCAUAAUAAUGAUACAAAUAACAUACCCAUAAAGAGAUCUUGUAAAUGACGCACACUAUUAAGGCCUGCCCUUGAACAUUCACUAGUCAGGUUAUUCUAAGCAGUGUUUAAUAGAAAAUUGCUAAUUAUUUCAGGUUUUUCUAUCUAGAGCAUAAUAAAUGUUCUAAACAGA